ACAUCCAUGAGGAAGUUACUUAAGCAAACAACUCAUCAAGGUGUCGUUCAUUUCUUGCCUGAACUUGUCUUUUGACAGAAUCUCGCCGUUUAUUUCUUCCAUUAGAUAAUAUAUACUCCUUCACAUGCAGAAAGUAGUUGUUAGCAAAGCUACUAAGCACUGAAUGUGUACCGAGUUUCUGGCUCACACUUGAAUAGCAUAUGCUAUUUGUUUGGGUUUUUCUCAACAAUUCAGGGGUUAUUUAUCCCAUUCUGAAGCCAUGAACAGAAAAAGAUCGCUCAUUUCUGAAAGGUUCGGUGUAAAGAAACGCAGAUUUGGAGUUGACAGUCUCGUCGGAAAUCCUGAACAUGAAGAUGCUCAAGAGGGACCUCGUGACGUCAAAGCUACCUUGCAGUACCUAAUGACUCUUUUUCCAAGAAAGUUGUUUGACGACAGCCUUCCACCGAUUGUCUACAAACACCAGCUGUACAGUUUACUUAGCGACAAAACGCUGGUGGACAAGCAGCUGAAUGAGAUGAGGGACAAAGGAGAGCUGCUCAUGUUCCAGCUGGGCUUCGACACGGACACGUUUGCCUUGGUGUUUACUGAAGACUACAGAGCUAAAGUUCUGGCAGAACAGAACGGAAAAGACACUUGCGCAACUGCCGAGAAGUUUCUAGAUAAAGUGCUGCCUAGUUGCUCAGGAUUGAGUUUCAGCAAGUGUCAAAUGCUCACAGAGUUCCUAUUCACAGAUUCAGAGAUAACGCAGCUUGUGAAGUCAGGAGUGUUGACGGUGAGAGAUGCAGGAAGCUGGUGGCUUUCAAUUCCAAACUCUGGCCGAUUCACCAAAUACUUCAUUCAGGGUCGUAAAGCUGUACUCGGCAUGGUCAAGAAAUCAAAAUACCACGAAAUCCUAAAGGCAGAUUUGGAAAAACGUCGGACCAAAUCGCAAGUCAAACUCGAUAUAAAGUACCUCAUUCAUGACAUAAUCGGUGCAGAACUGGUAGAAUGCAUACAGACCACAUCAGGGACUUUAUUACGAUUUGUGGACACUUGAUCUUCACUCUGCGCACCAAAAGUGAAUGAACUGAGAAGCUGGUGAUAUUUCCUUUCAAGCUUCAUACAGGGAAGAUAUUUUGUUAUUUAAGGGUGUGAUGGGUAAGAAAUGUGAACAGGGAUAUUGAUGUUGAGUCACAUCCAAACAUGUCUACCUUUAAUGUUGCAAGACUACAAAUGUGUGUAAUGGUCCACCUUAGGAACAUUCAGAUCUGCUUCCAGUGAGAAGCAUUACAGUGUGUUGCCUUAAAUUCAGUGGCAUUUCUGUUAAGAUGGUUGUAGAAAUUUCUAUUUAAAAAAUAAAUGAAAAAUCUUCUCUAUAGUCAACCUGAUUGUCCAAAUACUUGUUGCAGCAGGCCUUUUUACCAAUGUUUGUAUUUUGCUUAGGGAUGUACAUGAUAAAAUUAAUUAGGUGGCAUGAUGAUGCUGGUCAUUUUCCUGCCUCAUAGCUCCCAGGUGCCUGCUUAGAUCCAGAGCCCAGGCUGAUGUCAGUAGAGUUUUGUUUCUUCCCACAAUUAUGCUUGGUGUUUGACUUUGCAUCUCUAAAAAUAACUAAGUGUGAAUGAGUUUGUUCCAUUUAGCCCUAUGGCCUGUAUUCCUCCACACACUCCAUUUUCAAGUGUAAAGCAGAUAUUGAAGACGAACUGUUGUCCAGAUCGUGUCCUUAUUGCAUGUGUGACUUGGAGGAAUCAUCUUGGAACAGUUUAUCUAGUCAUUUGGGUAUGACAAAGUAUAAAAAUGGAUGAAUCUUCAAAUGUCUGUACAUUGCACAGCACAGUAGAUGAAUGAUUGUCAAACAUCAACUAUGAAAUUUACCAUCACAUGUUAUAGUUAACUCCAUCAACUAUAGAAUUGACCCCAAAAGAAGCCACAUUUAAUUCUGCUUUAUUUCUGUCACCAUUUAUGCAAAACAAAAUGAUUAGGAAUAUCCCUAAAAAAAAAAAAAAAAAAAACCACAGGGUUACAACAUUGGCUCUAAUUGUGCACACAGACUUGCGAUGGCAAAUGCACAUUGUGUACUUGGAUGUUUUGACAGUUACAGGAAGUAUGCAUAAACAAGCUCUGAAUGUCACUAGGCAUGACACUUUCAUUAAGUUUAAACAAACUAGAAACAUACUAGUCAGUUGACAGAGUGGACAGUUAAAUGUUAGUGUACAAAGUAAAAGUUUAGUUAAAAAAUAUGAUUAGCUAUGAUGGGAAUACAAAGGAAAAAGGACUAAAAUGGAAAAAAAAAAAUAUAUAAGCUACUUAAAUUCAUCUCAUGUCACAACCAACAGUAGUGUUGCCUUUUCAAUGUCAGAUACCAAAAAAAAAUUAAAACGAAAUUUUAAUACAAGUUUUAAGGUUUAUGAUAAAUGUACUCAAACCAUUAAAAUGACUGAUAACCCUAUAUAGUGUUUUAUUUCGUGAUGAAUCAAAUGUGGGCAUACACAAUCUUUAAGACUGCAGUUGAACUUAUUUAGGGAGGAUAUACAGACAGGGUUAUACAUAUUAAAGGUAAUUAAUCGGGCAUAAUCAUUUAUCACGUAAAGAGGAGGUAUAACUGUGCUCAUACGAAGCACUUGAGAAACACUGAAGCUAUGCUAGCACUGUUAUUCAGGACUAAUGUUUUACAGUAUUAAAUGAAUGACUGUAAUACAAAUAUGUAGCCAAUGACAAGUACUGAUUCGUGGUAGGCGACAGACUCUACAGAGAUCAUCAGUACUCUCAAAUAUUUCAUUCCAUCAUGUCUAACCAUGGCCUGUUCACAAAACGUCAGAAGAGAAUUCCACAGAACGUUGUAGUGUAUCUCGGGGUAUUGUAGUGCUAUUUGGCAAGACCGUUAUUUCAUUCCAACGAUGACUUGUAAACAAUGAGGGCUCUUAAAACAAAUUAACUACAAGACAACUUCGUAAGGUGUUUUUUUUUUUAAAAAAAUAAAAAAAAAUCUUUUGAAAGGCCAUAUUAAUUUUAAUCUCAGUAUGGGUGUAAGGGAAAAUGGAUUUGAGGUGAUUGUGUCUUGUUUCUACAUCUAGAGGUUAUGUUCAGUUGUGUGAGGAUAUAAACUUGUAGUCAAUGGAAAAAAAAAAAAAAAAAAGUAAAGAAACAAAAAAAAAAAAAAAA